CUAAGAUGGCGGGAGGAAGCGUAGAAUAAAACAUUGAAGGAAGUUCGCGGUCUGACAAAAUGCCUCGUUCUAAGAAAGCGACAACUGCCUUCUGGUCUCCUCUUACAGCCUGCUUUUGAUUGUAUCAGAAGAGAGAAUUUGAUUUAGCUUAAGUUACAAAGAAGGUUAACUACAAAGAAAUGAGUGAUAGUGAAGACAAUUCAGCUGGGUCAGGCAGUGAUUUUGAUGAUGACGAGGAUCCAGAUAAAAUUGAAGUUCCAGGUGGGGGCAAAGAUUUAGCUACAGCAGCUGCCAUAAGCACUUUGAAGGAGGAGGCUAAGGACAGCAAAGUCAAGGCAGAAGAUGGAAUUGCCAGCACUGAUGCUGCAGGGAACCAGGCAGGCAGCAAACUUCCUGGUGGACUGGUGACUAAAGGCAACUCUUCACUGGGUUACGAAAAGGUUCGUGUUGGAGCAGGACCUGGUCAGAUGCCAUUUCCGUUUGCCUCGCCAGGGCUCUUUCCCAAUAUGGGCUUUUACCCUGGCAUGGCUGGAAUUCCACAACAUGCAAUGAAUGCAGCAUUACUUCAGCAAUCAAUGGAUAUGGGCGGAUUAAAUGCAAUGGGACCCAUGAAUCCUUUAACAGCAUUGGGUGCUCUUGGAUUGAACCAUAUGAAUAUGCCACUGAACUCAUUUAUGAUGCAGCCAAAUGGAAGCCUUUUGACCCAGAUGAUGCAAGCAAGUGGUAUGAAUGCCAUGCACCAAGGCUGGGCUGGUGGCCUUCCAGGCAAAAUGGUGUCUCAGCUCUGGAUGAAUGAUGAAAGCAAGAUGAAUGCCCUAAGUGGUGUCCAUGAGGAGGAGGAGGUCGAUGACGAAGAAAUGGGUGUGGCCGAGACAUAUGCAGACUACAUGCCUUCAAAGUUGAAACUGGGAAGGAAACAUCCAGAUCCUGUCGUGGAAACUGCAUCACUGUCCAGUGUAGAACCAGCGGAUGUGUGGUACACCGUGUCACUGCCUGAUGAAACGAUUCGCUCCGGGGCUCUGUCAGCUCUUCAGCUCGAGGCUAUAACCUACGCCUCCCAGCAGCACGAGCAUUUCCUACCUGAUGGAACCCGGGCUGGCUUUCUUAUAGGUGAUGGAGCUGGAGUCGGUAAGGGCAGAACAAUAGCUGGAAUAAUCUUUGAGAACUACUUGAAGGGAAGAAAAAGGGCUAUCUGGGUUUCUGUAUCAAAUGAUCUGAAAUAUGAUGCAGAGAGGGAUCUGAGAGAUAUCGGAGCCAACAAAAUCGAAGUGCACGCACUUAACAAAUUCAAGUAUGCAAAGAUUUCAUCUGCGGUGAAUGGAAAUGUGAAGAAGGGAGUCAUCUUCUCAACAUAUUCAGCACUUAUAGGUGAAUCAUCUCAGUCUGGUGGAAAAUAUAAAACUAGAUUGAAGCAGUUGUUGCAAUGGUGUGGCGAUGACUUUGAUGGGCCAGUGGUGUUCGAUGAAUGCCAUCGUGCCAAGAAUUUGUGUCCUGUUGGUUCCUCGAAACCAACCAAGACUGGCCUUACGGUCCUCGAGCUGCAAAAUAAACUUCCAAAAGCACGUGUAGUGUACGCAUCUGCUACUGGAGCAUCUGAACCUCGGAACAUGGCGUAUAUGACACGUUUAGGUAUCUGGGGGGAGGGCACGCCCUUCAAUGAGUUUAAUGACUUUAUCUCAGCAGUUGAAAAGCGAGGAGUUGGUGCUAUGGAAAUUGUGGCAAUGGAUAUGAAAUUACGAGGAAUGUAUAUUGCACGGCAGCUCAGUUUCCACGGUGUUUCAUUCAAAGUAGAUGAAGUUUCCUUAGCAGAUGAAUUUAUCAGAGUUUAUGAUGCAUCUGUAAAGUUGUGGGUGGAUGCCAUGCGAAAGUUCCAGGAGGCAGCUGAACUUGUUGAUGCGGAGAACCGUAUGAAAAAGACCAUGUGGGGACAGUUUUGGUCUUCACAUCAACGUUUCUUUAAGUACCUGUGUAUCGCAUCUAAAGUUAAUCAUGCUGUAACAGUGGCACGGGAGGCUGUAAAGUGUGGUAAAUGUGUGGUUAUUGGCCUGCAGUCCACUGGAGAAGCAAGGACAUUGGAGCAGUUAGAAAGGGACGAUGGGGAGUUGUCCGAUUUUGUUUCGACGGCAAAAGGUGUUCUGCAGUCAUUGGUGGAGAAACACUUUCCAGCUCCUGAUAGAAACCGCAUCCAUAGGCUGCUCGGGAUUGAUCCUCCGAAGAAAGAGAAGAUAAGUGAUAAUGGUGAUAUUGAUGCUGAACCUGGAGGUUCUAGUGGAGGGAAGAGGAAACCAGUGAGGCAAGCAGCUCAGCGAGCAGUGAAAAGGGUUCGAAUGUCAUCAUCAGAUGAGUCUGAUUCAGAUGUGGAUAAGGACAGCACAGGUGGUGGUAAUAGCUCUGGUUCUGAAUUCAAACUUUCCGGAUCGGACUCUGAUGGCAGUGAAAGUGUAUCUGACAGCAACCAGAGCUCGGAUUUCAAUCCAUUUUAUUCAGAUAGUGAUUCUGAUGCAGAUCCCUGGGAUCGGCGCAAAAAGAAAGGUAAGAAGCAUAAGGCUCCAAAGAAGCGGCAGUCGACACAGGACAAAAUCAACUCUCUCUUCUCCCGCAAGACGCACAAAGGAAAACGUAACGGUGACGCCAGUGGAGGUGGUGGCCGUCCUCCUCCACCUCCAAGGGAUGCUAUUGAGAGAGCUUGCAGCAUGAAAGAAGACCUCUUGCGACAGAUUGAGGAACUGGGAGAUAAGUUGCCACCUAACACCCUAGACCAGCUUAUUGAUGAGUUGGGUGGCCCAGAGAAUGUUGCAGAGAUGACUGGUAGGAAGGGUCGUGUUGUACAGACUGAAGAUGGUAUUCAGUACGAAUCACGGUCAGAAGUUGAUGUUCCUCUAGAAACUCUGAACUUGACAGAGAAGCAAAGAUUUAUGGAUGGUGAGAAGGAUGUGGCCAUAAUAUCAGAAGCAGCUUCCAGUGGUAUAUCUCUUCAGAGUGACAGAAGAGCAAGGAAUCAGAGGCGACGUGUCCAUAUAACACUGGAAUUACCUUGGAGUGCUGAUCGUGCUAUACAACAAUUUGGUCGAACACACCGUAGUAAUCAAGUUAAUGCACCUGAAUACAUUUUCUUAAUUUCCGAUCUGGCUGGGGAAAGAAGAUUUGCUUCAAUAGUGGCCAAGAGGCUGGAGAGUUUGGGAGCACUAACUCAUGGUGACCGCCGAGCAACGGAGACGAGAGACUUAUCUCAAUUUAAUAUUGACAAUAAGUACGGUCGAUCAGCUCUAGAAGCCACUAUGAAAACAAUAAUGGGCUAUGAACCACCACUAGUACCUCCACCAAAGGACUAUAAGGGAGAUUUCUUUAAAGAUGUGGCUGAUGCACUUGUCGGUGUGGGUCUCAUUGUGAAUAGUGAGAGCAUGCCCGGUGUUCUUAUGCUUGAUAAAGAUUACAACAAUAUGAGCAAGUUCCUGAACAGAAUCCUGGGAAUGCCUGUCGACCUGCAGAAUAGGUUAUUUAAGUAUUUCACUGACACCCUUAAUGCCAUAGUAACACAAGCUAAGAAGUCUGGCCGAUUUGACAUGGGCAUAUUGGAUUUAGGCACAACAGGUGAAGAGGUAAAGCGAGUAAAGCUUUACACAUUCCUAAGAAAGCACGCCACAGGUUCAGCUGUGACAGAAUUACACAUAGUCCACGUAGAACGAGGAAUGAGCUGGGAAGAGGCAAUGGAAAAAUGGGGAGAACUGGAGGGGUCCCAUGAGGGGUUUUAUUUGUCACACCAGAUACGGAACAAUAAGCAGACAGCAAUUUUGGCUGUUGCAGUAGGGACCCCUAAAGGAAAGAAGGAAAAUGACAAGAAGGCAAAAGAUCAAUUCUACACCAUUUACAGGCCCAAUACUGGAUUACAGCUGCGCCAAGAGACAUUAGGGGAAUUAGAGAAAAAGUACAAAAAGGUUUCUACGGAUGAUGCGCAGUCCCACUGGACACAACAGUAUGACGCCUCAGUCACUACGUGUUCCCAUGCCUACUGGCGUGGAAACUGCAAAAAUGUGACUCUCGGGUUAGAUUGUGAAGUUGGCCUCCGAAGGCGUACCUACAAUGUUCUGGCAGGUUCUGUACUGAGUGUGUGGACACGUGUUGAAAAUGUAUUGGCAGCGAAGUCUGGCCACAACAGCAAGAUGCAGGUAGUACGGCUACGUACAGGUGAAGGAGUCAAGAUUGUAGGAACUUUAAUUCCCAAGAGUUGUGUUGAAGCCCUCAGAGAUGCUCUUUCAUCAGAUGCAGAGAAGACAGAUGAACAAACAUUUUGAGGAGGUGAAAAUUGUUAACUCUAGGUAUUUCAUGGACCAAGGAGGGAUGCAGUGAGUUGUGUUUGCAGUACCAAAUAUUGUGCUGAAAAGACAAGAGUGCUCGUGUAUACGUUGAUGGAAGAUGUGAUAUGUUAUGUGGUGUUUAGUAGGGAAACCGCAAUUAAAGCAACACAGUAUUUGUAAAGAGUGAAAUUCAUUUCCAGUUUCCAUAGGAGCAAUUCAUUUUUCACAGACUUCGUGUAUUACUGGAUAUAUAACAACACUUGUGCUUUAACUGUUUAAUAUUUCAUUCAUUUGUUUGUAAAAUAAGUACCAGGAGUCAGUCAAAGUUGUCAUGCUAUUAGCACAUGCUUCUCUAGUACACAUUACAGUGGUAGUUUCUUUGUUUUAGAUUGUCAUGCCGACUCACUGUCAUUUACUUCAGUACUGCAUAUUAUAGUGCACGUGAAAUGCAGCCUUUAUUUGCUUGUGAACUGUAGUAUUCUCUCCAAUCUGCUAAUUCGAUCUCAGUAUAAUGUGUGAUUUGGUUGCUGGAGCAGCUCUUCUGUAUUGGCAUUUCUGUUCUUCUUAAAAGAGGGAAGAUCUGCCCAGUGUCUAUUAACAAUGCAAGUACUUAUUCAGGGUGGAGUAUUACAAUGUGAAGGGAGCACUUGUAAUUGUAAGUUCAGCUUUUUCUUUUCUUUUCUUUUCUUUUUUUUUUUUUAAGUAUGAACACUGGUAGAUAUAUUUCCAUUUUAAAAAGCUCAGUGAUAGAUUAUUGUAUGUUUUAGAUGAAGAAGUGACUUGUGAUACUGUGAUUUUAUUUAUACUUUUGUAAAUAUUGUUGGUCAUAAAUUUAAUUUAAAUGGAAGCCACUGAAACAAUAAAAUUAAUUUCUAUGGAAACCAUGAAUUUUUUAUACAUGCAUCCAUCAUGCCAUAACUUCCUGUGUUAGUUUCCAAGGCUGGUUUUUAUCUUAUCAGAAACAUGUAGCAGGUGUGUUUUCUUGUAAUUUUUUUUCUGGAGUACCAAAGUCAAAGUAUUAAAGUUCACAUGACCAAUA